AAGAAGCCGCCGCAGAAGCCGAUCGACUUUUCGAAAUACCCCACGCGCCACAUCGCGCUGCACGUCGCGUACGCGGGGUGGGACUACCACGGCUUCGCGUCGCAAGGCAACGACGCCGCGGAGGCGCGGUCGCCGACGAUCGAGGGCGCGCUGUUCGCCGCGCUGAAACGCACGCGCCUCAUCGCGGACGACGCGACGUGGACGGACGUGGACUACACCCGGUGCGGAAGAACCGACGCGGGCGUCAGCGCGAUGGGGCAGCUCGUGUCGCUGCGGGCGCGGUCGCGCGGCACGCGGUACACGCCGCCGUCGCCGCCGCCGCCGGCGAAGGACGCGGACGAGCUCGAUUACCCGUCGAUUCUGAACCGCGCGCUCCCGGACGAUAUAAGGGUCACCGGGUGGUGCUACGUCGAUGAGGCGUUCAGCGCGCGGUUCGACUGCGAGUGGCGGCAUUACAAGUAUUUCUUCACCCUGCACGACGGCGGCUUGGACCUGGAGAAGAUGCGCGACGCGGCGAGACGGUUGGAAGGCGAGCACGACUUUCGAAACUUUUGCAAGAUGGACGUGAAAAACGUGCACAACCACGCGCGGCGGAUCCUCGAGUCGGCGUCGUCGUCCGCGAGCGGCGCGCCGCCGCGUUUGUGUUACAUCAGCGUCAAGGGCACCGCGUUUUUGUGGCAUCAAGUUCGGUGCGUCGCCGCGGUGCUGUUCCUCGUCGGUCUCGGGAAAGAGCCGCCGUCCGUGAUCGACGACUUGUUAGACCUCGAGAAGACGACGCGGAAGCCGCAGUACGAGAUGGCCCCGGAGGAGCCUCUGUUGUUGUGGGCGUCCGGGUUCGACGAG